AUGGAGGCUGAAAGCGAGGAUGAGACGACCUCCAAAGCAAGUAAAACAACUUCUAAAGGUAGCACAACCACAACAACCUCACCCGAAGCCACGUCGACUUCCAAAGGAAGCACCACCACAGAAACCACAGCCAGAAGCACAACUUCCGAAGGAAGCACCACGACAGACACCACAGCCAGGUCCAAAACAACUUCUUUAGGAAGCAUGUCGGCUGCAGCCAAAACGACUUCCAAAGGAAGAACAACAACAGAAACCGCAUCAAGAGCAAAGACCACCAAGACAAGCACAGCAACUCCGUCUACAACCCAAGCUGAAGAAGAAGAAACAACGACCUCCGAAACGACCACGAGCAGAACAUCCAAGACUACCCGGAGUACCACAAGCAUGCAGGCUGAAGAAGAUGAGGAGUUGAGUGUGGAGGAAGAGACAACUUCAAAAGCGAUUCGCAGCUCCACAACACGGGCAUCAACAACUGAGCCGGCUGCGGCAACAACGUCCACAACGUCAAGGACAAAGUCAACUUCCGUCACGCCCUCUACUUCGUCCUCCACUACAUCUACUUCGUCCUCCACUACAUCACAAGUGAUAACAUCAACAACGUUGUUGAGCAACACAAGCACCGUAGCCGUGAGCACGAGCGAAUCCACCUCCAAAACCACCUCUACAAGGCAGACGACAACUCAGGAGCUGACAACUCCAAGCACGGUGACGUCGACCACCUUGACAUCCACAAGCACAACGACAUCUACUUCCUCAUCAUCCUCUACCUCAAAGAAUUCUACAACUGAAGCUGCCUCUUCCUCUUCGACAACAACCUCAACUACGCCACCUCCCACAACAUCCUCAACGCGAACCUCAACAACAACAACAACAACGCCACCAAGACCCACAACCAGCAUGCGCUUCCUUAACCUUAAUGCCACAACUGUAGAGGCCAGUGUCAUGACGCUGCAGAAAGGAGGCGCUUUUGGAUCGCAGACAAAUGCUUUGGCCUACGAAGCCGCUUCUAUGGCUUGCUCUGCAGUGCAAAGUAAACUCUGCACAAUUCUUCAGGUAGAGGCUUCAUGGCAAAAGUUCAAAGAAACACAGCGUCAGGGAUCCUUUUCAGCAUGGGUUUCGAGUGCUGAUGGCUGCAUCGUGCAGAUGUCAGAAGCCCCAUCUGUCAGUUGUGGACACGGUUCUGCAGCUUCGUUUGAUGCCCUGUGCUGUCAGGAUCAGGCUGCGACAACGCUGACCACAACAGAACCGGCAGAGCUUCCAAUUCUCCCCAUCAACCUUACGAAGAAGCCUGGUGAUUUUCCUUUCCAGGAGUCCGAGGCCUCAACUACAUGGAUGGAGAAGUAUGAGAUGCCUGUAAACACCACAAAGGCGAAAGUGUCAAGUACCACAAGUACGACCGAAACAUCCCGCACCAUACCGACCACUACAACGAACACCUCGACCACUACAACCUUUACCAGCACUACUGAAACAGCCACCACAACGACCGCGACAUCUACAACAACAACCUCGCUGCCUCCAUGUGUGUACACUGAGUGGAACGAAUGGACGGAUUGCUACCCGUUCUGCGAAGGAACAAGGGUCAGGAUGCGACGCACAAACAUGGGCGCUUUGGCUAACGAUCACUGCCUGGACUGGUUCCAGCAGGCCAACUGCAGCAACAUGUGCGUGGACUGCAAGUGGGAUGAUUGGCAGGAUUGGUCGGACACAUGCCCGGAUCAGAGGGUUCAUCAACAAGGCACUCGGACGAGGAUCCGCGACAACACCCCACAGCAAGGCGGAGGAUCGCAAUGUGUCGGCGAUGCCAUGGAAACAGAGAAAUGCCCUAUCGAUUGCUUCUUCACGGAUUGGUCAGAGUGGACUGCAUGUCCUCCGUGUUCAACAACAGCCGUGUCAGUGAGCACACGCCAGAUGGUGGAGGCGCAGAAUGGAGGGCUUCCAUGCUUCGAAACCCACAAGGAGCAGACAAAGAAAGAGAAAAUAUGUUUCGACCCGACUUGCCAUACACCCUGCCAGUGGGAUGAUUGGAGAGAUUGGGCGCAAUGCACAGCUACAUGUGGCGCUGGUGCCACCCGACAGCGUCAGAGGAAUUAUCGUCCCUCAGUCACACCAGGUGUUCACUGCAGAGGUGUUGACAGAGAUGAGCAAGAUUGCCGCUUGGCACCAUGUCCGACAACUUCAACCUCAACCACAAUGACUCUCACCACCACUACUACAGCGACGACAACAACAACAUUAACAACAACAUCAACAACCAUCAUCACAGUCACCACCACGACAACAGAAACGGAAACAACUACGACGAAGACGUCGACCACAACCACUACAGCCACAACAACUGAAACUGUUACCAAGACAACCACAACAAUCACUGGCACUUCCACGACGACAACAAUUACACAGACAGAAACCACCACGACAGUCACAACAACGCCGACAACGACUACUGUGACAAGCACAGGAACGACAACAACUGCAACAGGAACAACAACCACAACCACACUUACGAAGACAGCCAGUAUGGAGGCUCCACUUGCUGCUGGAAAUUCAACGCAAUUGGCUGGCCUGCCAUUUAGUAAUGCGUCAAAUGCAACCUUGGACAUGCUGGGCAACCAGCCAGUGGUGCGGAGUGUGGAUAGCGUAGCUCCAGACUCGGACAAAUCCACGACCAUCACAGCCACAAGCACAACUACGACAGCUACGACAACAAGCACAACAUCCACAUCCACUGGAACAACCACGACUACAACGGGCACGAAGACGUCAACCACAGUGACCACAGGCACCGGCCCAUCAACUAGCUCCCUGCCUGCGGCAGCUGCAGAACCGCCAGGAUCUUCCAGUGCAGAAGCACUAAACAGCACUGCAGCAUCUAUGGAGAUCCUAGACAAGCUGGGAGAAGCAGGUGUGCUCAACAAGUCAGAGGGCAUCCCUUUGUCUCCAGUCAGUGGUGGCAAAAGGGGUAACAACACUGAAGCAGUCAUUGAGACUAUUGUCGGUGCAUUGGAGCAUCGCUUGAGUGCCAAGCCUGCUCCGGCUCCACCAGCUCCACCUUGCAAUCUCAGCAAAGUGCUGAAGGAGCAAGCAGAUCUGGAGGCAAAGGGAAAAGCAGAGCCGGCGAAGGCUCCAGGACAGCAGGUCACAACUCCACCCGCGAGCACCUCUGUUGAAAUGCUGCGCUCGGGUGACAUGCUGAUCAAGCGCGGCAACGAGGUGGAGGUUGUGAAGGCGGAGAAGCCAAAUGCCACAACAUCUGACAGCACAACCAAGCCCUAUCCUGCGCAGAGCAUGCUCGAGACAAGGAGCGCAUUGAGUGAUAUCCAUCAGGUUCAGCCUUAG